UGGUGUUGCGCACUGAACUCGACACGUACACCAGCCCACAUCAACGGUCCCUACAGGUCGAGUCGGGUUGGCAUAUCAGAACUGUGUGGACCCUUGAUCUGGACUGAUAUUCUGAAAAAUUGUAAGGUUAAAAUGAUGUCCCUUAGAAAGAGCACUGCCUGGAUGGCACCGGCUGCAAUGCGAUUCGCCCGCAUGAGCAGCCAGGUCGGUGACAUGGGAUCCGGCGCUGGACGGGGUGGCGGCGGCGGUGGCUCAAUCCGUGAAGCCGGCGGCGCUUUUGGCAAGAUGGAAGCCGCCCAUGAGGAGGAGUACUUCUACAAGAAGCGCCAAGAGCAGCUGCACAAACUGAAGGAAAAGCUGAUCAAGCACGAGGACUUCCACGAGGAAUCGAUUAAGCACCACGAAGAGGCCAUCGCUCGCCACAAGAAGGCUAUCGAAGAGUUGAAAAAGUAGUGGGCGAGCUUGAUGGGGGAUAUAUCAGUGCCUUGUGCUUACUUCGAAAUUACUGUGUCUUUUGGAUUAAAUUUUGUUAGUUAUUCUGGAACA